AUGGCGAGCCUACUCAGCACCUUCUCCGAGACCUUCGACCGACGCGUGGCAGUGGUUAGUGCCACUGCCUUCACUUUCGGCCUGCUCGUUCGGAGUCUGUUUGUACCCGGCAAGCACGCUUACAUUGUCCCUUCGCCGCUGACAACACUGCUGCCAAAGCUUUCGGCCGAGGAGCGGAGUAAGCUCCCUUAUCCGCCUGAUUCACUCCCUGGAGCUCGAGAUGUCGAUUCGCCGUAUGGCUCGAUACGAGUCUAUGAAUUUGGUCCCGAAGAUGGCCGCAAGGUCCUGCUCGUUCACGGCAUCAGCACACCCUGUCUAGCUCUGGGAGGCGUUGCCCAUCAGCUUGCCGACAAAGGCUGUCGAGUCAUGCUUUUCGAUCUGUUCGGACGUGGAUAUUCUGACAACCCCGCCGACCUUCCUCACGAUCUGCGCCUGUUUGUGACGCAGGUCCUAUUGGCCCUGGCGUCCUCGCCUCUUUCCUGGAAAAGCUUCUCUAUGGUUGGAUACUCCUUUGGUGGCGGUAUUUCAGCCGGGUUUUCGUCUUACUUUCCCGACAUGAUAGAGAACCUCGUUCUGCUUUGCCCGUCUGGGCUGAUUAGAGCUCGGCAUAUCAGUAGAACAAGUCGCAUCAUCUACAGCGAAGGUAUCAUUCCGGAGCCGUUGCUGCUGUCACUCGUCAAGAGAAGGCUCAAGACUCCGCUAUACCCGCCAAAGCCUCAGAAGGAUGGUGACAAGAUCGGAGCCUCGGCGGCGGUGAAGGCAGAAGUGCCGAUAGAGUCAAACUCGACCGCUGUUCUGUCAAAGAAGCACCCAAACGUUACGAUUGAUAAAGCUAUCGUUCACCAAGUAGAUCAUCAUGUUGGGUAUGUGCCCGCAUUCAUGUCAAGCAUUCGCUACGGUCCCAUCAUGCAACAGCAUGCUCUUUGGGGACGGGUUGGUGAGACCUGGAACGGUCGAAGCGCCGAGAGCGACAAGGUGCACAAGGUCUUGAUCAUCGCUGGCGAAAGUGAUUCCAUCAUUGAUGCUGCAGAGCUCCGUGAAGAUGCCGCAGCGGUGUUUGGUGCGGCGCAUAUCGACUUCCACGUUCUGGGCGCUGGACACGAUGUCCCGGUCAUCAAACCAGAAGAAGUCGCGGAGCUUAUCUCGCAAUCUCUCUGA